AAGUUUUAACAAACUCAUAUCCGAAACUUGCCACAGUCGAGAGAGAGAUUCAAACACCCAAAGCGCCCAAAACCGUCGCGCCGGUUCGCCCAAACUCCUAAUUUCUCAUUCUUUUAAUUCUUAAAUUUCUUUCAGAUCGCUCGAUCUCUAAUUGGUUCAAUCAUUUCAAAUCAAACCCAAAAUUCCCCCUUUAUCUUCUAAAUUUUUGCUUUCCCCCAUUUUCCCUCGUUUUCAAUCCUCAACUUUUCAAUUCAAGUUUUUUUUAAUCUAAUCCUAGAAAACCCAACUCUCAAAUCCAAUGUCGGCGUCGACCGUUUCAAUAACGGCGAACCCGGUGACGACUCGGCGGCGACACGUCGUGGCCGUCGAUAAGAAGACAUCCAACAUCGAGCUUGUCUCCGCCGAACCCCAAACCCACAAAGCCGACGACACCGCCACCAAUUCCAAAGAUCUCAGCCACCACUCCAUCAGAGGCGAACCGGGUCUUGACCGGUCCGCACAACCCAAGAAAACCGGCCCCAAUUCCACCAUUUCGCCGCCUUCCAAUCGCCGCUCUCGCAAAACCCUAGACGCUGAUCUCAAGCCUCGAUGGGUCACCGUCCUCCGAAUCUUUUCCAAGAACUUAAUUCUGCUUGUUCUGAUUGUGGGUUUGUUUCAGAUUGUCAGGAGACUGGCUCUUGGGCCUGGGGUUGGGGUUCCCAUGGCGUUUUCGGAUUUGGAAGGCCGAAUAGCGGAGGUGGAAGCGUUUAUGAAGACCACUACAAAGAUGGUUCAGGUUCAAGUGGAGGUUGUGGACCGGAAGAUUGAGAGCGAGGUUGGAGGGUUGAGGAGAGAAAUAGAGAAGAAGAUAGAGGAUAAAGGGGUUGCAUUGGAGGGUGAGUUGAGGAAAUUGGAGGCCAAGAAUGAAGGGUUGGAGAGGUCGGUGAGCGAUUUGAGGAGCGUGGAGUGGUUGUCGAAGCAAGAGUUUGAAAAGGUGUUUGAGGAUUUGAAGAAGAAGGUGAAGGGCAGCGAAGAUAGUGAAUUGGGUGCAACUUUGGAUGACAUAAGGGCCUAUGCGAGGAGUGUGGUUGAGAAAGAGAUAGAGAAGCAUGCAGCGGAUGGACUUGGCAGGGUGGAUUAUGCUUUGGCCACUGGUGGGGCUUCCGUUGUGAAGCAUUCAGAGCCAUAUUUGGUGGGGAAAGGGGGCAAUUGGUUCUUGAAGAGUACCAAAAAUGGGGUUCAUGGCGAUGCUGACAAGAUGUUGAAACCUAGUUUUGGGGAGCCUGGCCAUUGUUUUCCCUUGAAAGGGAGUAAUGGAUUUGUCCAGGUUAAGCUGCGGACUGCCAUCAUUCCCGAGGCUAUCACUCUGGAACAUGUUGCAAAGAGCGUUGCUUAUGACAGAUCGAGUGCCCCUAAGGACUGCAGGAUCUCUGGGUGGCUGCGAGGACGGGAUGAUCCAGAAGUCUAUACAGAGAUUCACCUAGCUGAAUUUACUUAUGACCUUGAAAAAAGCAAUGCACAGACAUUCGAUGUCUUGGACCGGGCAGUGUCUGACCUUGUCGACACAGUGAGGUUGGACUUCACAUCCAACCAUGGAAGCCCUUCUCAUACUUGCAUAUAUCGAUUGAGAGUGCACGGACAUGAACCGAAUGCUGUUUCUAUGAUGGCCAUGCAGCAGUAGCGUUAGUGCCAUUCCAUACCAUACUCGUGCAGAAGCAUUCUCAGGCCACGUUUGUAUUAAGUGUGAAUUCAUUUUUUUCUCCUUUUAAUUUCUAGCUUGGUAGGUUGAGAUGUUGUGGUAUGUUUCUAGGGUUCUCCAAAUCGUGUAUUGUCUCCUUGAUGUUUUAGUGUUACUAGUAAUCGUGUAUCCAUGUAUUGUUAGGUGUAUGUCA